CAGACUGGCCCGAGUCCCUUUUGUCGCCCUCGAGGAGGGUUAUAUUCCUGUCCAUUCCCAGUCCCGUGCAUCUUGGACGCUGAUGACGCUCGUUCCUCAGUCUGACCUAUUAUCCAUCUGAAGUCCAUCUACCUUGUUUGAAGCUUUGCUUUGCUGCACACAAUGAGGUCCCCCCCGCCAGAGGUCCUGAAGACCUGGCCCAAGCCCAACUACAUCGACCCCGUCACUAGAGGCCCGGCCUUGAUGAUUGUCGAGUUGACUCUGCUUCCCAUUGCCAUGACAGUCGUCUUCCUCAGGCUCUGGGUACGGAUAUCAUGGUUGAAGAAGAGCUGGUAUGACGACUAUCUCAUGAUUGUUGCCAUGAUCUUCAGCAUUGGCACUACUGUCAUUGUCAUCAUGGCGUCUCAGCUGUAUGGUUGGGACCGUCAUGCCUGGGACCUGAAGCCACAUGAGAUGAUGGUUGGCAGACAGGCGUCCAUGGCAGGUCAAACAUUGUUUGUGCUUGCAUCAUCGACUAUUAAGAUGUCGAUUCUGGUAUCGUACUUUCGCAUCGCACCCGAAAAGUCCAUUUUUCGCAAAUUGGUGUGGGCGACAUUUGCUCUCGUCUUUGCCGCUUUCGUCGUCUUCCUAGUUGCCCUGUGGGUACAGUGCAUCCCAAUCUCAAGCUAUUGGAAGCUGAAUUCUGACCAUCGUGACUGUAUUCCCGAGGGGCCCCCGCUUGUCGUACAAAGUGUCCUCAACGUCGUAACGGACUUUAUGAUCUACGCACUACCGAUCCCGACUCUCUUCUCACUCUCACUUCCAUGGAGUCAACGCCUCGGACUGGUCGUUCUCUUUUCCGUUGGCGGUCUUAUUGUUGUUGCCAGCAGCUUCCGAGCGUACUGGGUCCACUACACACUGUUCAGAACAUACGAUGCAACCUGGGAAGGAUACCAGAUCUGGGUAUGGACGGCCAUUGAAACAAACGUCGGUGUUAUUUGCGGAUGCAUCCCGGCACUCAAGCCCCUGCUCUUCCCCCAUCGAGCGAGACAACAGGGUUCAAGAUAUGCAAGCGGGUCGCAGUACAGCAAAAAGAAGGAGAAGAUUACACCUGUCAUCGACCAGGUCGAGCUGGACACACGCAGGCUGACCGAGAACAACGACUCGCAGCCUGGGCUUGCUAUUAGCACACACCCAGCCCACCACAGCACCUUCUCGGAGCGGCCGAUGAGUGGCGACACAGACAAAAGUCGGUUCGAGAUUGAUAUAGAGCAACAAAAAGCCUACAUGUACUGAUCGCGAGGCGCAGUGCACAUUACCUUUAUUUAAUAUUCGCAUACGUUGAGCGUGUGGCGUUGGGGUGCCGUUGAGCUAGGGGUUUUCCUGGUGGGCCACUCGUACCCUCGACUUUCAUUUUCAUUUGUAUUUUUCUUACCACCAAUAUCCUCACUUGGAAAAACCAAGACUGGGCGGCUCUCUCGGACUCGACUUUUCUUUUCUUUCCUUUCCUCUCUUGUCCUUGUUCUCUGGGCGGUCAACUGCGCAUCACGAUGCCAGUCUCUUCUUUUCGCGUCUCUUAGCGAGGCGGUUAGUACUACGAUAGCAUGCAAUGCCAUCACGUCAGCCCAUCAGGGCAACGGCCUCUUUGUUUCCCACA